CUCGCCCAGCAGUGGCCAAAGACAUCAGCAAGCAACAAUGAAGUUUCUGGUGCUUGCACUCUUAGUGGCAUUUGCUUGCGCUUCUGAGAUAGAGAAGCGAGAGGCGGAGCCAAGUUAUAGAGGAUAUGGCCACGUAAGCUACCAUCAUCGUCCUUCCUAUGGAUAUGGUUAUUCUAAUCACUAUCAUAAGCGAUCUGCUGAUCCUGAGCCAGAAGCUGAUCAUUCCUAUGGCUCAUCUUAUGGGUAUCGCCCAAGGUCUGCUGAUCCUGAGCAGAAGCUGAUCAUUCCUAUGGCUCUUCUUAUGGGCAUCGCCCAUUCGCCUAUGGCUACUCUCACCCUAUACAAAGAGGUAGGUCUUGGGCCCCUGAUCUUGAGCCAGGAAGCUGAUCCUUCCUAUGGGCUCUUCUUAUGGGGUAUCGCCCAUCGCCUAUGGCUACUCUCACCGGCUAUCACAAGGGUUGCUGACCUGAGCCAGAAGUGGUCAUUCCUAUGGCUCUUCUUAUGGGUAUCGCCCAGUCGCCUAUGGUACUACCCUCACCGCUAUCACAAGAGGUCUGCUGAUCCUGCAGCCAGAAGCUUGAUCAUUCCUAUGGUCCUUCGUUAUGGGUAUCGGCCCCAGUCGCCUAUGGCUACUCUCACCGCAUAUCACAAGAGGCAGUCUGCUGAUCCUGAGCCAGAAUACCCUAUGGCUUUACUCUCACCGCUAUUCACAAGAGAUCUGCUGAUCCUGAGGCCAGAAGACUGCAUCAUUUCCUAUGGCUCUUCUAUGGAUCUCAGGGAUCAUCACCCAGACGCCUAUGGCUACUCUCACCGCUAUCACAAGAGGUCUGCUGAUUCUGAGCCAGAAGCUGAUCAUUCCUAUGGCUCCUCUUAUGGGUAUCGGCCAGUCGCCUAUGGCUACUCUCACCGCUAUCACAAGAGGUCUGCUGAUCCUGAGCCAGAAGCUGAUCAUUCCUAUGGCUCUACUUAUGGGUAUCGGCCAGUCGCCUACGGCUACCCUCACUACUAUCACAAGAGAUCUGCUGAUCCUGAGCCAGAAGCUGACCAUUCCUAUGGCUCUUCUUAUGGGUAUCGCCCAGUCACCUAUGGCUACUCUCACCGCUAUCACAAGAGAUCUGCUGAUCCUGAACCAGAAGCUGAACCCUCUCAUAGAUAUGGUCACUCGUAUGGUUACCCCAGCUACCGCCCAGUAAUUUACGGAUAAGGACGUCAUCAGCGUAACAGUUAUAUCCUAUGACUAAUAGCCAAAGAGGAGGACAUAGAUGUCUAUAGCUAGCAAUAGUUUUUAUUUGUUGUUAGUCCUUGAUUGUUUUAUAACUUCGUCAAAUGAUAAAGUAUUAAUUAUAAGUGAAUCAUUUUUA